AAAUUCAUGCAAAAAAAAUAGUAUCAGCAAAAUUGAUGACGAGUCUUGAUUUUUUUUUCUUCUUUUGAAUAAAAAAAACAUUACAAUCAUUGAAUUUGUUAUUUUUAAUUUUCAAAUUUUGUAAAAUUUUCAUUAUGGAUUUGAAUCGACAAGGACCAUCUCGUCGUCAUAUUUCAACCGGUAAUGUUCCUACUUCAACACCUAUGUUUACCGAAAGUUAUUUUACUGUUGAUUCGGAUGAUUUUGGUCAACAACAAGCACCAACAACAACAUCACCACCACCACCAUCAGUACCACCAUCAACACAUUCUUUCAAUAGUUAUAAUCAAAUGAAUUCAUUUUACAGUCCAAGUGAUAAUUAUGGAUUUGUUUCAUCACCUCCUCAGCCACCGCCGCCGAUAUCUAGUGCAUCAUCUUGGCAACAAACACCAGUUUCACCAUCAAUGUCAGGAUUUUCUUCGCCAGGACACCAAGUUCCUCAACAGCCAAUGUUUCCAAAUCAACAAUUUUUAAUGGCUGCUGGUCAACAAUUAUUAUCGAAUCCAAUGACUGCAGCUGCUAUUGAUGCUUAUUCACAAUCAUUGGUCGAUAAAAGUAAAGGUUGGAUGGGCAAUAUCAAACAAUAUUUUGCUGUUGAUACGAAUUAUGCAGUGAAAAAAUUAUUUCUCAUAUUUGCACCAUAUUUACAUAAGGACUGGACAAUUCGAUACAAUUCUGAAAUCGUAGCACCAAGAGAUGAACCUAAUUUACCUGAUCUAUAUAUUCCUUCAAUGGCGUUUAUAACUUAUAUAUUGGUUUCUGGUUACAUACUUGGUUUACGUAAACAAUUUGCACCUGAACAAUUAGGAAUUUAUGCUUCAAGCGCUAUGGCAUGGUUAUUAUUAGAAGUUAUAUUAAUUAUGAUUGCUAAAUAUGUUAUGAAUCUAAGUUCAGCACUUGGUUUCUUUCAUAUGGUUGCAUUCGGUGGUUAUAAAUUUGUUUGUAUUGAUGCACUUCUUUUAGCGACAAUCAUGUUUGGACGGAAUGGUUAUCUUAUAUUAUUUAUAUAUUGUUCACUAUCGUUAGGAUAUUUUCUUAUUCGAGCAUUAAGUACAAAUCUUCAACAAAGUCAACAAUCAUCCUAUCAACAUCAAUAUGGUGAUAAUCCUCGUACAGCAUAUUAUUUGGUUAUGUUUAUUGCUAUAUUACAGCCAUUGAUUAUGUAUUUUUUGACAUCAACUUUAUCAACAACUGUUCAUGAUCCUAUUCCUGGUUCAACGUUACCAGCAAAUCCAAUACAAUAAUUGAUUUUUCUAUUG